UAGCCACCACCGAAGAGCCAACAGCCUCCUUAGUUUCUUAUAUAUACGAGUAACUAUUAUCAUCGUACCUAUAUAAAAGCAAAGUUAGAUUCUGUAGAUUCUGAAAAUCUCUUCAUCAUCAAGUUUUGAUUAACUGAAUUAUCAUUCCUUUCUUUGGGAAUUUAAUUUCGUUGGUGAGCGGGGAAAAAGAAGAAAGGGAAAUCAGAUAAUCAUUUUCUCAUCGUCAUGUUUUUCUCCGGGGACUCCACGACGCGGAAGCGAGUGGAUUUAGGCGGCCGGAGUUCGAAAGAAAGAGACCGGAAGAAGCUCAUCGAACAAACCAAGCUCGAGAGGAAUCGUCGACUUGUGCUCAAGCAGCACAAUUCUGCUGCUCUUAAAAUUCAGAAAUGUUUCAGAGGAAGAAAGAUUGUGGAGGCUGCACGUUCUGUUGUACGUGAAGAAUUCUUUACUGCGUUUGGGAAGCACUGCCAAAAUGUUAACAGGCAGAGUUUUGGUCCUAAUGAAGCUUUCCUGCCCCAAUUAACUUUUUUUUUCAACCCAGCAAAUAUUGCCGACGUCACUGUUCUAGCGGAAACUUGUCGUUUGCUUCUGAAGUUCAUUGGAAAUAAUUCACAAGAAAUUGUUAGCCUUUUUGCUGGUGUUGAUUAUUCAUCCAGUAAAGCCCUUGUCAACUUCAGAGUUAAGAAAUUUGCUGUGGCUUGUAUUCAGGCCAUUCAUGAACAAAGGUUAAGGUUUAAGGAUCAACUGAUAACUCUUAAAAGCUCUGAUGCUCCAGCAAAUGUCUUUUUGGAAACAUUGCAUAUACUUAUUGAUGAUGGACUUCCAUGGGCUUGUAGCACAGUCAGCUACCUCAUGCAGAGGAAUGUAUUUUCCAUGUUUAGGGAUAUCAUUCUGACACUAAAGCAAGUAAAUAUCCAAGGUCCCGUUGGUGAUGUAUCUUCUCUGGAAAGGUUUCUGGCAAACAUUAUAUCUCAUGCUGGCCAUCCACCAUGUGUUUGUCCAGCUAUAGAACCGCGAUGGAGCUUCUUGUCGCAGAUUCUUACUAUUCCGUUCUUGUGGAGUCUCUUCCCAAACCUGAGAGAGGUUUUCUCAAAACCUAGAGUGGGUCAACAAUAUUUCCAUCAAAUGGCACUCAGUGUGAAGAAUCACUUGGAUAUUCUACCUAAAGGCGUAACAAGUGAUCUGCCUGGUUUUGCCUGCCUUUUGGGAAAUAUGCUGGAAGCUGCCGGAACUGCUUUCUCUUAUCCGGAGUCAUUCGACUUGGCCAUAGAUUUUGCAGUUAUUGCGACAUCUUUGCUGGAAACAAUGCCACCUAUCAGAUUAUUUAGUGAAGGUGGUAAACAACAAAACAGUUCUUUUGAGGAUGAUGAGAUGCUUGACGAUAAUCAGUUAACAGAAAAUGCUCUAAAUAGUGACUUGGAGCGUCAAAUUUAUAAUGCAUUAGAUCCUCGCUUUCUCUUACAACUGACGAAUAUUAUACUGGGAGGAUUAUCAUUUACUGAUAGGGCAUUUUUGGGAGGUCCCAUCAAUAAAGAAGCAGCAACCAUUAGUGCAAUCUGUGCUUUCUUGCAUGUAACUUUCAAUGUGCUGCCUCUAGAGCGCAUCAUGACUGUACUAGCUUAUAGGACCGAGUUGGUUCCUGCAUUAUGGAAUUUCAUGAGCCGUUGCCACAAGAACUCUGAAUGGUCAUACGUGUCCCAGCUGUCUACGUAUGUACCUGAAGAUGUACCUGGUUGGUUAUUAACUUUGGCUGCCUUCUGCCCAGUUUACAAGCACAUGCUUAUGAUUGUUGAUAAUGAAGAGUUCUAUGAGCGAGAGAAGCCUCUCAAAUUAGAAGAUGUCCGUUGCUUGAUUGUUAUUCUUAGACAGGCCUUAUGGCAGCUUCUUUGGGUGAACCCUGUGCCACCAACAAAUUUUUCCAAGUCUAGCAACCACAUCGUUGCUAUGAAGAAACACCCUGUAGAUUUUCUUCAGCAUAAAGUUUGUGUUGUGGCUUCUGAACUCUUGUCGCAGUUGCAAGAUUGGAAUAAUAGAAGGCAAUUUGUUUCUCCCAGUCAUUUCCAUGCUGAUGGUGUCAAUGACUAUUUCAUCACUCAGGCAACCACCGAGAACACAAAAGCAAAUGAAGUACUAAAAUUAGCUCCCUUUUUGGUUCCAUUUACAAGCAGAGCCCAAAUAUUUACUUCACAGCUUGCAUCUGCACGAGACAGGAAUGUUCUUCCUCAAGUUGCCUAUGUUAGGAACAAGCUUCGAGUAAGAAGAAAUCAGAUUUUGGAAGAUGCUUUUAAUCAGUUGAAUUCAUUUACUGAAGAGGAUCUUCGAGGGCCGAUUCGUGUUUCUUUUAUCAAUGAAUUUGGAGCGGAGGAGGCUGGUAUAGAUGGUGGUGGCAUUUUCAAAGAUUUUAUGGAGAAUGUUACUCGAGCCGCCUUUGAUGUUCAAUAUGGAUUAUUUAAGGAAACGUCUGAUCACCUUCUAUAUCCCAAUCCUGGAUCAGGGUUGGUUCAUGAAAUGCAUCUCCAAUAUUUUCACUUUCUUGGAACUGUCCUUGCUAAGGCAAUGUUCGAGGGUAUUCUGGUGGAUAUUCCAUUUGCCACAUUUUUUCUCAGCAAAUUGAAACAAAAGCACAAUUACCUGAAUGAUUUGCCUUCUUUGGAUCCGGAGUUAUACAGACAUCUGCUGUUUCUGAAGCAUUAUCAGGGUGAUAUCUCUGGGUUAGAGUUGUACUUUGUCAUUGUCAACAAUGAAUAUGGGGAGCAAACAGAAGAAGAGCUGAUCCCUGGGGGUAAAGAUUUACGGGUUACAAAUGAGAAUGUUAUCACAUUUAUUCAUCUUGUAGCGAACCACCGCUUGAAUUUUCAGAUACGUCAACAAAGUUCUUAUUUCCUGCGGGGGUUUCAGCAGCUUAUAAAGAAAGAAUGGAUUGACAUGUUCAACGAGCAUGAACUUCAGCUUUUGAUAUCUGGAUCAGUGGAUGGCAUUGAUGUUGAUGAUCUUCGAGCCAAUACCAAUUAUGCAGGAGGCUAUCAUUCAGAGCACUAUAUCAUUGAGAUGUUCUGGGAGGUUGUCAAAUCUCUCUCACUGGAGAAUCAAAGGAAGUUCUUAAAGUUUGUAACUGGGUGUUCGCGAGGGCCUUUACUUGGAUUUAAAAGGUUGGAGCCAUUGUUCUGUAUACAAAGAGUUGCUGGCGUCGCGAAUGAAGAAAUUGUAAAUAGAUUACCAACAGCUGCAACUUGCAUGAAUCUUUUGAAACUUCCUCCAUAUAGAAGCAAGGAACAAAUGGAACAAAAGCUUUUAUACGCCAUAAAUGCCGCAGCUGGAUUUGAUCUGAGCUAGUGUUGGGGCCCUGUCGUCGAUGGAGAAUGGGGGCAUUUUACAUUCGGUAACGAUUCAAAGAAGAAAAAGAAUUCCCGACUUCAACCUAGUCUUGCCCUGGAUCAAAGAUGGACACAACUCACUCUGAUCAAAGCCUUUCUUCUGUAUAACUGUUGUGACAGCUGAAAAGUCUCAAGGGGUGGGGGACACAAAGAACAAAUAGCUAGGAAGAAACCCUCCAAGUUUCUGCCGGGUGGGAUUUUGUAAAUCACACAUCGCGAAGCGAUGUUAUUGGUUUAGUUGUAGAUAUGGUGGUUAAAGCUAUGUAAAUGAUAUACCAUCUGAGAAGGAACCACAUACUGUUCUCAUGGGCAAGACCUGCUGUGAAUUGGUCUUGGUCUGAAGAAAACUUAGUUUAGAGGUUGUAAAUUUGCAAGAAUUAUGGUGCUACUGCAUGUAUGCUUUUAAGGGAAUGGAGCAGGGAAAAUGAUAAGCUGAUUAGGGUUUUUUUUUUUUUUUCCCUCUUUGAACUUGCUCCGUAACAAUGGAGUCUUACAAUAGCAAGAGCAAAGCGUCCAAUUUGAUGAUACGAUACACUUGCUGAAAGAAAGAGGCCAUCUUUACUUAUAUUUAAAAAUGUGUUUAUUUGUUUU